AUGGGGGCAAGCACCUCCAGCAAGUCACCACCCUUUGAUGGGAAUGAGGAUGUCACCUUCGACCACUUCAAGAUCUUGCGAGCUAUUGGGAAGGGCAGCUUUGGAAAAGUCUGCGUGGUGCAGAAGACUGACACCAAGAAGUUGUAUGCCAUGAAAUACAUGAACAAACAGAAGUGUGUGGAGCGCAACGAAGUGAGAAACGUUUUCAAGGAGCUUCAGAUCAUGCAGGGCCUGGAACAUCCCUUCUUGGUUAAUUUAUGGUACUCGUUCCAGGAUGACGAGGAUAUGUUCAUGGUUGUUGACCUGCUGCUCGGGGGGGAUCUGCGUUACCACCUCCAGCACAACGUGCGGUUCCAGGAAGGCACUGUGAAGCUCUUCAUCUGUGAGCUGGUGCUGGCCCUGGACUACCUGCAGAGCAAGCACAUCAUCCACAGAGACAUCAAGCCUGACAACAUUUUACUGGAUGAGCAUGGACACGUGCACGUCACGGAUUUCAACAUCGCCACGAUGCUGACGGAGGAGAUCCAGGUCACCACCAUCGCUGGCACGAAGCCCUACAUGGCACCUGAAAUGUUUAACUCCACAAAACCCACGGGCUACUCCUUCGCUGUGGACUGGUGGUCCCUGGGAGUCACUGCCUACGAGCUGCUCAGGACCAGGAGGCCAUACCGUAUUCGCUCCCACAGCUCCACGAAGGACGUGGCUCAGGUGUUCAGGACAGCCAGGGUGAUGUACCCCGCGGUGUGGUCCCCGGGCAUGGUGUCGCUCAUCCAGAAG